AAGAUAUACCAAGAAGAGAUGGUGAUAGUGUGUUUGUAUUGCUUCUUUGUGACCAUCAUAUCUACAUUAAUAUCCCUAGUGGUGGAGAGAAAUACAAAUGCUUGGAUGAUAUAUCUAGACAUUCGUCUCAUUGCUAUUCUCUAUUCGGGUAUAAUUGGUAUAGCAUUUAGGAGUUGUAUGACAACAUGGUGCCUCAAGAAGACAGAUCCUCUCUUUGUUUCAAUGUUCAAACCCUUUGCCAUUGUUUUUGCUCUUCUCAUUGGUACCUUUUGCUUUAGAGAUGCUUUCUACUUAGGAAGUUUGGUGGGAUCAGUGACCACAGUGAUUGGGUUUUAUGCUGUGAUGUGGGGAAAAACUCAAGAAAAAUACUAUGAGGGGAACAACUUAGAAACACUUGCUGAAAAUAAUGUCCCUCUGCUGCAAAAUGAGGCAUAAAUACGGUGUUUAAGUCAGUUCGUGUGCACCUCAAUUAAUUUUAUGUAAUACUUGUUAUCUUCCACCAACACAAAUACUGAAUCAAUUCAUUUCGCGGAAAGAAAUAAUUGUAUGUUAGUUGUAAAGAUAGUGUUUUAAAUUUAUACUCAUGUAUUAUAUCGAUAUAAAUAAAUAUAUAAAAAUCAUUUAAUCAA